AUGGCAGCAGUGUUCGACAGGGUUAGGCGGAUUCUCCCGAGCAAUCGCCCUGAGAAAGGGGGCACACUGCGUGUGCCGACGCCCAUCCCGAGAACCGCACACAGUUCAGACCAGUUGACGAGCUGGAACACCGCGAAGGAAUUGCCGAGAAUCCCAUCGCCCCCAGCGCCCGUAACGGAGGCUCAGCGAAGAAAAGAGCAACGACGGCAGCUGCGCGAGAGCGGCGAUUACCUCGGUGUUCAGGGCGUCAACCCGAGCACCGGCGAACUCGACACCAUGACAUCCUCAAGCGGCUCCCAGGCCAGCUACCUCGAUGAAGAGCUGCGGCAGAAGCUGUUGGCCGUCAAGAGGCGCGGCUCGCGUGCCUUGGGCUUGACCCCGGAUGAUCACGCUUCCAUACUACAGCGGGAGAGGCAGAAGCUACUGGACGCCGGCAGCAGCAGUGCGGACGUCCUGCGGGCGCGAAAGUCGGUGCGCUGGCGCCGAGAUCCCGGUCAAUGGUCGUCGGUGAUCGAGCCCGACCUCAGUCCAAUCAGUGGGUCACGUCAGGGGUCGACUACGGACCUGGAGCCAAAACUUCAGCCGUCUGGCGAGGUUCUGGAAUCGCGGCGAGAUGCCAAUCAUUCCUCGGAUACCAUCAUACAUACACCCGCGCGAAGACGGUCAUCCAUUUUCCCAGUCGAUAACGUGCCGAUACCCCAAGAUAUUCGUGCCAAUAACUACAACGAAUCCGAAGAGCGAGAGGGUUUGCGCGUCAGUUUUGUGGACACACAUCCAACUGUCAUUCCUUCAGACUUUCGAAGAUCAAGACAGCGUUCGCUUCCUCUACAACUGUCGUCGCAUGACUGUCCUCAACCCAGCCUGCAGAGUCCAGGGGAGGAGGAGCUGACGCCCGUGAGGGAAGCGAUAAAAAGUGACUCUCGCGUAUGUCUUCACACACAUCACCACCACUACUGGCUUCGACAGGAGGAGGAUGAGCUACCCUCCCGCGUGGACACCGAGUAUAUUGCAGAGCUCAAGGGACCGCUGCACCGCAACACUUACUCGCGGGACUAUGUCAGCCCGUUCGCUGAGUGUCACGAAUCGAUGAAGUCUGGCGCUGUCUACGUCUCGACAGCCACGCAGACGGACGUGAAGGAGGUGGUUGAGAGAAAGCGCCGACAUCGGGUGUCUUUCCGUAGAUGA